CUUCGCAUUCGCAGUUCGCAGCACGGCAUAGCACGCAAUCACGCAUCAUUCAUUGGAUCGGACUGUAUUCAAGCAAAGAUAGCGCUUGUGAGUGGUUUUGCUUAAGAAUAAACUGUAGUUACUAACUUUUUGAUAAUCCAGUUAUACUAAACAGAAACAUGUCAGAUAACGAAGCUGCCGCCAACGAAUCCGGACCUGAGCAAAGCACUCAAACCCCAAAGAAGGGACGUGGACGUCCGAAAAAGGCGGAAACUCCUGCUGAGGCGGACAGUGUCGAGUCUGGUCGGGCAGAAGGGACCACCCCGGAACCAGAAACUGUAACUGAGGAAAACUUUCUCACUCCUAAGCUCCAGUCUGCGGAUACAUGCCCGCAAGAGUUCGAGUUUAGAGCACCUCCGCCACCCGGUUCGUUUGAACCAGUGGCACCAACUGCACUUACAUCGCCAGUGACAGCACCCGAACAAGCAAUAUCGAUUUUGGAGGAUAGCCAACAGCAGCAGCGAAUAUUGUCGGACAACGAAUUCCAGCCAGCGCAAGAUUUCCAGUUUGCUGCAUCCGACUUCGAUUGCCUGCUGCACAGAGGCGGCGAUAACCAGCAGCAAGUGCCUAGAGAUUCACUGUUGUUGAAAUUUGAUCCAUUGUUGAAAGUGCCUCCAAGCACACUUCUCGGUAUUACGGAAGAAGAGAAAUCGGACGGCGUAGGUGUUGAACUUGCUCCUCCAUUAGUGGAAACAGCACCAGCGGCGGAGGAAGCCGAGGGUGGUGAGGUUGGUAGUGCUUUGUUGACGGCAUUGGACACAAGCGAGUUUGCUGCUGCUUCUGCUGUUACUGUCUCUCUAUCCUCCAGCAGUAUGAGCAUUGAUGAAACUAAAAAUUCGCAAAUUCCACACUGCGCAGAAGAAGAAACAGACGAAAAAAUGAGCGUUGACAACACCAUAAUAUUAGACAGCGAAAGCAGCAUAGAAAAAAACAUGAGUUGCACCGAAACAGACCAGGAUUUUAAUAGCAGCAGUGAGCUGGAUAAAAAAAGCAAAAAUGAGUCACUGAAAAUUGACGAGCUGGAACAAAAACUGAAGGAAGCGGAAAUUCGCGAAGAAACAUUACUCAAGCGAAUUACGGAAAAGGAUAAGACCAUUUCAAAGAUGAGCGGUGUUGUGGAAGCCUACGAGCGGGCAAUUGCCGAGUUGAUUGCCGAAAAAGAGCAAACAGCACAGAAUUACGAAAAAACUUGCGAAUCAUUGAGGGCAGACAGUGACAUCAAUGCGCAACAUUUGGAAUCUCUGGAGAAAACAUUCUCAGAUCUGCACGCAAAAUAUGAACGCUUGAAGGCAAUAACGGUGGAGUACAAGGAACGAGAGGAAGAACUGGUCACCGAACGCAACCGGUUCGAGGAAAAUCUCCGAAUGCAGGAAAAACGAUACGAGAACAUGAAGAGCCAUGCCAUGACUCAGCUGGAGAUCGCGAACAACAAACUUGCCGAGAUAGUUCAGACUCACGCCCAGGAAAUUACGAAGUUAAAGGCCUUGCUGAAGAAGGAGGAAGUCUAUCGGGCCUCGAUGAAGGAACAGCUGAGCCAGAAAGUGCGCGAGAACGAAGAACUGGUGAAAAUUUGCGAAGAACUAAUCAAUGGCAGUGCCAAUUAAGGCCAGGGUACACUUGUGAACUUGUGAGUUAAGUUCGAAUACUAUGUAUUAUAACACUUAAGUAGCAGCGAUACACAUGUUAAUCUUUCAACAUUCGUGUUUUU